GUGGCCCGACACAUCUGGGUCGUUCCUGAUUCCAAUUUUAGUCAAGGCCAAAUCAUGUCCACUCUUCCCGUAGAAAACUUGUUCGAGCCCUAUCAGUUCGAAGUAGCAGGGUAGGAUAGGGCGGAUCCGCCGGUGACCCCGGCGGUGGCGGUGGCAGCAACAGAGGGGGGUCGCGAGGAUGGCCGCUGGGACGAGGAGGCGGAGCCGAUGACCCCGGCGGUGGCGGCGGCAGAGGGGGUCGGCGAUGAUGGCCGAUGGGACGAGGAGGCGGAGCCGAUGACCCCGGCGGCGGCAGCGGAGGGGUCCCAGGGGCUCUAGGACCGAUGUCUGAUGCAGCCGUGGUUCCUCGCUGUCAAGAGCUAGAUCGAGCGCACGGCCUUUUGGAAAAUUGGACGAAUGGGCGUCCAAGAGACACUCCUUGCCGGAUCACGCUGCUGCUGGCAUAAUCCAGGCCGGAUCUGUGGAGAGCCCGGCGCAGCACCGUCUACAGGUAUUUGGCAAUGUUGGCUCUUGGGCUGCCCAAUUGAUAACUAAAGCUGGUGGCAAGGUGGUCUCCAUCAGAGAUGUCACAGGGGCUGUCAAGAACUCCAAUGGCGUUGACAUAGCCAAGCUGAUGAAGCACUCGGCAAAGAACCGCGGGAUCAAGGGCUCCGACAAAAGGCGACGCCGUCGACCCGACCUCACUGCUCACGGAAGAGUGCGACAUGCUCAUCCCGGCAGCUCUGGCAGGAGUCAUAAACAAGGACAAUGUUGAUGCCAUCAAAGCAAAGUACAUCAUCGAAGCUGCUAACCACCCAACAGACCCCAAGGCCGAAGAGAUUCUGGCAAAGAAGGGCGUGCUGAUCCUACCGGACAUACUGGCCAACUCCGGCAGAGUGAUGGUGAGCUACUUCGAGUGGGUGCAGAAUCUCCAGGGGUUCAUGUGGGACGAGGAGAAGGUGAAUCGGGAGCUCAAGACGUACAUGACCCGCGCCUCAAACAUGUUCUGAUUAUUUAGGCAGUGUAUGGUGCCAUAUAAAAUGGACAAUAAUUAUGUAUAGUAUAUCUUUGAAAACCAGAAUUGGCUCAAUUUGGAACAAUGCCUGCUUUAUAUGAAUUUCUUGCCCGCUUUGCACGCGUUGCUAUAAGUGCA